GCCAAUCAACAUGCCACAUUCAACAAACACUAGGUGGACACAGAAAAAUUUUAAAAACAGAACUACUUAGAAUAGUCAAGAAUCAAAACCCACACAUUUUGAAAGGGACAAAAGCCAACAACAUAUUAACAUGGUUCUUUUUGCUGUUUGCUCCUUGGUCCUCACCAAACUGUGACCUUUUCCGUCUUGCUUGAUACUGCUUCUCGUUUCAACCUCUUUCUCUUUGCUCUGUACAAUAAAAUCAUUAAUUCAGACUUUCAGUCUCGCUCCACAUUGGAAGAAACAUAUAUUGAUUGAAUAAUGGAGAGUAGUGAAGAAGAUGAUGACUUCCCAUCUAUCGAGAGCAUCACUCCACAGUCCAAGAUUGAUUCUGUUCAUCAAUCUCAUACUGAAAAGGGGAUCAGGAAACUUUGUUGUGAGCUUUUGGAUCUGAAAGAUGCUGUGGAAAACUUAUGUGGGAAUGGGCGCACAGAAUACUUGUCUUUCUUGAGAAUGUCUGAAGAAGUUGUUGAAAUGGAGCAUGAGUUGGCUGAGCUGCGAAAGCAUAUAUCUUCUCAAGGGAUUAUUGUGCAGGAUCUAAUGACUGGGGUGUGUCGUGAAUUGGAAGAGUGGAACCGGGAAAAUGCUGAUAUUAAUGACACACAACCAGACGCUGAAGUUGAAGAUGUCCAAGAUCCCUUGCUUAAUGAAAUGGAUGAUCAAAAGAAAACAUUCCUGGAGAAAAUUGAUGUUCUUUUGGCUGAACAUAUAGUUGAAGAAGCACUGGAGGCUUUAGAGGCUGAAGAAAGGAACUUCCCUGAGCUAAAAGUUUCUGGAGAUUCUUCAACUGAAGUGUCCUCCUACAAGUCUUCUUUUCUAGAAAGGAAAGCAAUGCUUGAGGAUCAGCUUAUUGAGAUAGCUGAACAGCCUGGAGUUGGUGCUAAUGAACUAAAGAAGGCAUUAUCUGGUUUAAUUAAGCUUGGGAAAGGUCCUUCAGCGCAUCAAUUACUCCUGAAAUCCAGUGGUUCCCGCCUGCAGAAAAACAUUGAGGUUUUUCUUCCUUCAUGUUCUGUCUGCCCAAAGACAUUUCCUGCCACACUUUCUAGGCUUGUCUUUUCCAUGAUCUCAAUGACAACAAGAGAAUCUGGUUUGAUAUUUGGUGACAAUCCUGUCUAUACCAAUAGAAUUGUUCAGUGGGCAGAGUGGGAAAUUGAAUUUUUUGUACGUUUGGUAAAGGACAAUGCACCAUCUUCAGAAACAAUUUCUGCUUUACGUGCAGCUAGCAUUUGUGUUCAGGAUAGCCUUAACUACUGCUCAAUGCUGGAAUCACAAGGGUUGAAACUAUCAAAGUUUCUUCUGGUGCUCUUGCGUCCAUAUAUUGAGGAAGUGCUGGAGUUGAAUUUUAGGAGGGCUAGAAAGGCUGUUUUUGACUCAAUGGAAGUUGAUGAGAACUGGCAUCUGUCACCUCACUUUGUGUCUUCUUUGUCAGCUUUUGCAACUUAUUCAGAUACUGUGCUAGUAGAUAGUGGAAUGAAAUUUUUGUAUAUUAUUGCUGAUAUUUUGGAACAGCUUACGCCACUGGCUGUUUCGCAUUUUGGAGGAAACGUGCUACCUAGAAUUUCACAGCUGUUUGAUAAGUAUAUGGAUGCACUAAUUAAAGCCCUGCCUGGCCCUUCCGAUGAUGACAGUCUUACUGAGCUGAAACAGACCAUACCUUUUAGAGCUGAAACAGACUCAGAGCAACUAGCUAUUCUGGGGAUAGCAUUUACAAUUAUGGAUGAACUGUUACCUAGUAAGGUGGUUAAAAUUUGGAGCCCAAAGAGUGAAAACCAGGAACCAGGAAAUGAAAACAUUGUUCCUAAUGCAAGCACAACUACAGAAUUAAAAGAUUGGAGGCGCCAGCUCCAGUACUCUUUUGACAAGCUUAGAGAUCAUUUUUGCAGGCAAUAUGUUUUGAGUUUCAUCUAUUCAAGAGAAGAUAAAACACGAUUAAAUGCACAAAUUUAUUUGAGUGGAGAUGGAGAAGACUCACAAUGGGACACUCUGCCUUCUUUGCCAUUUCAGGCAUUAUUUGCAAAGCUACAGCAGUUAGCAACUGUAGCUGGAGAUGUGCUACUUGGAAAAGAGAAACUGCAAAAAAUUUUGCUUGCAAGACUGACAGAGACUGUUCUAAUGUGGUUAUCUGAUGAGCAGGAAUUCUGGGGUGUGUUUGAGGAUAAAUCCACUCCACUUCAGCCACUUGGAUUGCAGAAGUUAAUUCUUGAUAUGCACUUCACUGUUGAAAUAGCUCGUUUCGCGGGUUACCCAUCUCGGCAUGUGCACCAGAUUGCAUCAGCCAUUACUGCUCGCGCAAUCAGAACCUUCACUGCCAGAGACGUGGAAAGUGCACUCCCUGUGGACGAAUGGUUUGUUGAAACUGCAAAAUCCGCAAUAAACAAGCUAAUGGGACCAUCUGGCUCAGACACAUCUGAAGUUGAUGAUGAGCACAUCAUUCUACAUGAUGACGUCGUCUCAGAUUCUGAUGAUACUUCUUCCUUGUCAUCAGUAGAAUCCUUGGAAUCAUUUGCUUCUGCAAGCAUGGGUGAACUUGAGAGCCCCAAUUUUACUGAUCAAGAGAGCUAAAAACCUGAGUUCAAGUGGUCCAAAU